AUGGAAAUAAAAACACCUAUUCCUUAAUAAAAAAGAUAAUAUUCAGACCAAACCCAAUAAAAAUUUCUUACUACAACUUCUCAAAAUGAUGUAUUUAUUGAUUUAGUUAAAUAAAUGUUAAAAUCUUCUUCACCUUAAUAAAAUACACCUUCAUCUUUUUCCAAUUCUGAAUCUUCAAAUUGCUUAAAUACUAGUCUUGGAGUUUAAAACAAUGAACAAUAGACCAAAAGAUGGUGGAAAAAAGAAGAAGAUGAACUUUUGAAAGACCUUGUAUAAUAAUAUGGGCCAAAAAACUGGAAAAAAAUAGCAAGUAAUUUUCCAGAUAGAAGUGAUGUUUAGUGUUUACAUAGAUGGUAAAAAGUAUUAAAUCCUUCUCUUGUAAAAGGACCUUGGACAAAAGAAGAAGAUUAAAUAUUAAGUGAAUUAGUAAUAGAAUAAGGGCCUUAAAAAUGGAGUCAAAUUGCUAAAAGUUUACCUGGAAGAAUUGGUAAAUAAUGCAGAGAAAGAUGGCAUAAUCAUUUAAAUCCAUAAAUCAAAAAAGAUAAAUGGACAGAAGAUGAAGAUUAGAAAAUUAUAGAGGCUCAUAAAAUGUAUUUAUUUAUAUGGUAAUAAAUGGGCUCUUAUUACUAAAUUAUUACCUGGAAGAACUGA